AUGGCUGAUACUGCGGGAAAGACUAUCACUUGCAAGGCUGCAAUCGCCUGGGCAGCCGAACAGCCGUUAUCGGUUGAGGAUGUCGAGGUUGCUCCACCUCGGGCGCAUGAAGUCCGGAUCAAAGUCCUUCACACGGGCGUUUGCCAUACCGAUGCCUACACGCUCUCCGGCAAGGAUCCCGAAGGCGCGUUUCCCGUGGUGCUCGGCCACGAAGGCGCCGGAGUCGUCGAGUCCGUCGGCCCCGACGUGACCAACGUCAAAGUGGGCGACCACGUCAUCGCGCUUUACACGCCCGAAUGCAAGCAGUGCAAGUUCUGCCGAUCCGGCAAGACCAAUCUGUGCGGACAGAUCCGCGCCACUCAAGGUCGCGGCGUGAUGCCCGACGGAACGUCUCGAUUCCGAGCGCGCGGAAAGGAUCUCCUCCAUUUCAUGGGCUGUUCGACCUUCGCCCAGUAUACCGUUGUCGCCGACAUUUCGGUGGUCGCCUACACACCGGCCUGCCCGACCGAUCGCGCGUGUCUUUUGGGAUGCGGCAUUACGACGGGGUACGGGGCUGCGACCGUGACGGCGAAGGUGGAGGAGGGGUCGACCGUUGCGGUCUUCGGUGCUGGAUGCGUUGGUCUGUCGGUCAUCCAGGGCGCGGUCAAGAACAAAGCGGGUAUGAUUAUCGCCGUGGAUCUGAACGACGACAAGGCGCCGUGGGCGUACAAAUUCGGCGCCACCCAUUUCGUCAACCCGGCGAAAUUGGGACGUAAGAACAUCACGGAAAAGCUCAUCGAUAUGACCGACGGGGGAUGCGAUUAUACGUUCGACUGCACUGGCAACGUGAGUGUGAUGCGAGCGGCGCUUGAAGCCUGCCACAAGGGCUGGGGCGAGAGCAUCGUCAUUGGGGUUGCGGCAGCUGGCCAGGAGAUUAGCACCCGGCCCUUCCAGCUAGUGACCGGUCGCCAGUGGAAGGGCUGCGCAUUCGGGGGCGUGAAAGGACGGACACAACUGCCGGGACUGGUGGCGGACUAUUUGAACGGGGAUCUCAAGGUGGACGAGUUCAUCACUCAUCGCGAGAGCCUCAGCAACAUCAACGCGGCAUUCGAGCAGAUGAAGCAGGGCGAUUGCGUGCGGUGCGUGGUAGACACGACCUUGUAGUAGAUAGAAGCG